AUGAACGCAAGCCGUGCCGGAGGUGAUGUACACCUGCUCCAGACGGUUGAUGAUACUACUGCCGAGGAAGUUCAGCCAUUCAUCUGGGCCAUCACCUGCCUCCUCGUUCAACAGGCACGACCACAAGCCGAGCUGAAGACCUCAGCCAAGAUCAGCGAGCGCAAGGAGGCCCGCGGACCCUUUGCCGUCCGCCUGCCCCAAUACGGGGACGGAUUGUUCCACCGGCGCGACAUCAGCGUCGCCUCCAACGAGGACGUGUUUGGCGGCAUCGAGGCCGUCUCUCAAAAGAUUUUGUUUGUCAGCCAUUUGUUCUUGCGGGCGGACUGGACAACGACGAUCGAAAACCCCAUAGCAGUCCUCACUCAAGACCAGGACUACCGACUCAUCGAGGAACAGUUCGACAAUAUUAGUGUAAAGACCGCCGUCAGAGGCCUGGAUCUCAAAGUCUUGAAGGAGAAAGCGGAGAUUUACUAA